CAUCCAAAUGCACAGCCAAAGAAGCUCCUUGGGUGCUUCACUUCCUUUCUCUCGAAACAUCAAAGAAUUUCCCAGACAAGGACAAUGCUGUUCUCAAGUCAACCUUGAUAACCUAGUUUGAUGGAGAAUGUUCUCUCCCAAAAAAUUAAAAAAACACAAAUAAAUAAAUAAAGGCUUGAUGGAGUAUCUUUGUAUUCCAUCACACACAGCACAACAUUUGUUUUUAAGGUGAAAGGUCCCACAAAAAAAAGAAAAAGAAAAAGAAAAACAUCAUGAACUCAAAUCAAUAUGGAAGAGGCCCACAACACAGCAUUAUAAACUCUAAUCACUCAUGUAAGUGUGCUUUAUUUUACACUAAACAGCCGCACUUUGAAAGCUUUUCACAAGAUAGAUGUUUAAUCUAUAGAUGUAGCUUUAUUGCAGCUUUCUGAGUGUGAUAUGUUUUAAUAUAUAGAGACAGAUUGGUAGCUUCGCAUAAUAUAUAUUCCCAGUGUCUUAACUGAUACAGUUUCCCAAAUAAGUUGGCCAUGUCUUUUCACCUUAGUCUUGUGAUCAUCUUUCUGAUGGAACAUUUUUAUCAAUUUGAGUAGCACUAAAUUGCCUGCCUUAAAAAUUCAUGGGUGGAUUCAUAGACUUUGUGCUACAUCUGUAACAUCACAAUAUAUAUUCUUCUAUUAACUGAAAUGAGGUGGUAGUAGUAGUAGCAGUAGUACUAGCAGUACAAGUUGGUUAGGUUUGUGCCUAAACCUUGUGUCUCAACAAUUUUCAUGUGCGAGUGAUCGUCCACACAGCUUUAUGUUCAUCAAAUGUCAGCAAAUUUAUUUCCUACCACUUUUUGUGUCCCCUCUCAUCUAUUUCCUGUUGCAGCAAUAAAUUAUUCCCAUUGUGAUUAAACUAGAAAAUGCUGUUGGUUGAUUAUACUUACCUAAUAAUGAAAAUACCACAAUUCAGUCUUAUAAUGAUUAUAACUCAGUAAGGACAAGCAUUUUAAACUAGUGAUUCCAGCUCAUAUGAUCUCGAUAUAUGUGUGGUAGAUCCAUUGGUGGUCAAUAAUGUUGUGGGGUUAGGCAACAUUUACGCCAUAAUAAUUAAGAGAAUGUCGAGUGAAACCCACAAUUAAAGGAGAAAAGAACAAAAAAUAAAAAAAGAGGAAUGAGAACAAAAUUAAUGGAUGCUUGAGCUUUGUUCAUAACAUGUGAGUUAUAGUAGUGGUGAUGGUGAUUGAUGACGAGAGAGAUUGGAGAUGGCAGAGCUGCAUCUGUAUAAUUAGCUCGCCACAACCUCUCACUCGCUCUUCACUAUCUCCUCACCUCUGCAGCUGAUCUAAUGCCAGCGUUGAGGCCUUCCCCAUAAGAGUAGGAGAAGUCCCGCUUCUUUCUCUCAGCCUAACUCAUUUUUGGAUAAGAGCAGAAGAAUCCUUCUCAUCUGUUGAGCACCAACAUCCUCCGGAUCCACUCUCCUCUCUCUCUCUCUCCUCUCCCUCCUACGUCUACUUAUACCAGUGCAGGAGCCAACCAUGGAAUCCCUGUGAAGAGAAGAUCUUUGGUGGUCUCCGUGCGCGCCACUGCCGACCCCACUCCUCGCCAGAUCUUUAGCUUCAUGAAGCGUUGGCGAGAAGCCGAAUGCAAACGAGUCCAUGACCCAUUCUACGCCGGAGAUGGCCGUAAGGUGGCGGUGAACCCUGUCGAGAUCGACGGGAAGUGCAUAUGGGUGCUGGGGCCGAUCAUCGUGGGCGGCGGCCCGUCCGGGCUGGCCGUCGCCGCCUGCCUCAAGAAGAAGGGAAUCCCGUGCGUCGUCCUCGAGCGCGCCAACUGCGUCGCCUCGCUGUGGCAGCUCAAGGCCUACGACCGCCUCCGCCUGCACCUCCCCAAGAAGUUCUGCGAGCUGCCGCUGAUGCCGUUCCCCUCGUGGUUCCCUACCUACCCCACCAAGCAGCAGUUCGUGGCCUACCUCGACGCCUACGCCCGGGAGUUCGGCAUCCGGCCUCGCUUCGACGAGGCGGUCGUCGCCGCCGAGUACGACGCGGUGGUCGGAUUCUGGAGGGUGAAGACGGCGGUGGUCAAUCAGGGCAGGGAGGAGGGCGGCAGGGAGUACAUGUGCCGGUGGCUGGUGGUGGCCACCGGGGAGAACGCGGAGGCGGUGGUGCCAGGUUUCGACGGCGCAGGGGACUUCAAGGGGCCCAUCCUGCACACGAGCCUGUACAAGAGCGGCGACGCCUUCCGCGGCAAGCGGGUCCUCGUCGUCGGCUGCGGCAAUUCCGGCAUGGAGGUCUGCUUGGAUCUCUGCCACCACGGUGCCCACCCCACCAUCGUCGUCAGGGACUCGGUGCACAUCCUGCCACGGGAGAUACUCGGACGCUCCACCUUCGGCUUAUCCAUGUGGCUGCUCAGGUGGCUGCCGGUGCGCGCGGUCGAUCGGCUGCUGCUGCUCGCUGCUCGUCUCCUGCUAGGAGACACAGCCAAGCUUGGCCUGCCGCGGCCGCAACUCGGGCCGCUCGAGCUCAAGUUGCGCUCCGGCAAGACCCCGGUCCUCGACGUCGGCACCCUUGAGAAGAUCAAAUCGGGAGCCAUCAAGGUGCGACCUGCUAUCAAGAAGCUCAUGGAACAUGGAGCGGAGUUCACGGACGGCAGAUGGGAGGGAUACGAUGCUGUAGUUCUAGCGACUGGCUACAAGAGCAACGUGCCCUACUGGCUCAAGGAGCAGGAGUUCUUCUCGGAGAAGGAUGGGCUGCCGAGGAGGGCCUUCCCGUAUGGCUGGAAAGGGGAGAGAGGGAUUUACGCCGUCGGAUUCACCAAACGCGGGUUGAUGGGUGCUUCCCUGGACGCGACGAGGAUUGCCGAGGACAUCGAGCGAUGCUGGAAGGCUGAAGUGAAGACGACGAUGGCGUUCGCAUGCGCACCAACACGACAAGCGCAAGAAUGAGAGGCUUUGAGGGGUCGAUUGCAGGAGGAGGGAAUCAUGUAAUGACUAACUUAUCUGUACAGACGUAUAUUGCCACAAAGAGUUGUUGGAGUCAAAAUCUUUGUUUUAUGUCUAAUGCAAUAAAACAGACAAAUCAA